AUUGUUUUCACCCUGAGAAGCUCCGCCCACAGGAUUGAACGAUCUCUGGUUUAAAGGCGGUCAAUUUACAAGGCGCGCAUUUAGUAGUAAGCUGUCGGCUGGCUGGGGCUUUUCAUCAUUCUUAACAUGUUCAACCUUUUAAUUUUUGUUUUUACGCUUUUCGCUCUCUCCUCGGCGGAGACGGACCGUUACGAUGUUACUCUGAAGAUACCAAACAAAGCUUUUGAUGGGGAAAUAUGGAUGGCCUGCACGACAACGACUCUCAAAGACGUAAAACAGUUUGUCACAAACUUUCAGCCAGUUGCCAACCCCGGGAUAGUCCACCACAUGAGCAUCCACGUGUGUGAAAAACCCUUCUCCACCGACCCGUACUGGGCCUGUGUAGAUAAAAACCGGGUAUGCGGACCGAGUGGGAGAUUGCCAUUGUUUGAGUGGGGACGAGAUGCGCCCGGCUGGAAAAUACCCGAAGGUUACGGAAUUCCUGUAGAUCGCGACCAUCUUCACGUUGUUCUUCAAAUACAUAUGAAGGAAGACAUAAAAGCUUCUGCCACCGGGCCUCUGGACUUCAGCGGUCUAAGAGUGUCCCUGAGAACGACUCAGCCUCAGUAUGAGAUCGCCAUGGGGGUGCUAGGGAACGUGGGAUACGUGCCGGCUAAAACUGGAGCCGCCACCACGGACUCUGCCUGCAAGUGGCCGCUGCCCAUGACGGUGCCUCUGGCCGCCUACUCCCUCCACACACACAAUCUAGGUCGCGCUGUGUCCGCCUACAUAAUUCGCAAUGGUGAAUGGAUUGAGAUUGGUCGAGGUGACCCUGGAUAUCCAGAGAUGGUGAUGGACAUUGCUGACAGAGGACUGACCAUUCGACCAGGAGAUAUUCUGGCUGCAAGAUGCACCUUCGACAAUGACCAAGAUCAUGAUGUGAAGUUUGGCUCCGAGCACGGCGGUGAGAUGUGCAACGUGUACCUGCACUAUGGCGUCAGCAGCGACACCCCUGCCCAUCAGCGCAUGCUCCAAUGUUCGACUAACGCCCAGAAGUUUCACUGGGACACGUACUUCGAGUCCACGCCAGCCGACGCCUCAGACCCCAACGGGGAUACUGACCAGGCUAGAAUGGUCAAGCGUCUAGGUCUGGUCAAAGUGCCAUAUUAAUUGUUUGAGAUUGAGUUUAUUAAAGUAUGCUGGAUGACAGUGCAUAAAAGAAUUCAAAGUGCGUCGAUAUCAAGCUUAAAGAGUUGAUUUCAAGAAGCUGCAGAAUAAAUGCAUUUAUUGAGAAAAACAAUUGACUGUAAAUUGAGGAUUUUGGAGACCCCACAAUUAAAUUCACUACCUCUGUUUUCUUAUUGUAUUUUCUAAAUUUAUUCAGCCAAUCGGUCAACCUCGAUAAGUCCCGUAUCCACUGUUCUAGGUAUGCGCUCAACAGAGAUCUCCCGAAUAGUCAUCUUGUUUUAGUGUUGGGUGUAUUUUGAGCAUACGCCCUUCACGCUCAUUGUAAUUAAAAGCAAUGACAAGUACCUGUUGCUUUGAUACGUGCGCUGCCUUUUGUUUUACAUAAUAUGAUAACAUAUUUGUUUUGUUGUUAAUUGUAAUUGAUCAAAUAAACCAAUUUGAUGUAUU